AGGAGUCUCCCCCUACCGACACAGCAGUGCAGUACGGCUCUUCUCCUAGUUUCGUCAAAGGCUUGAUCCAGCGUUAAAAUCAGACAGGCGAGACUACAAUUCACUCCCUUCACGCUACCCCCAGCCCAGUUGUCCUGCUUUUGCUUAUCGCCCUACAGCACGGUAACAAUUCUGGCUUUCUUCAUUCAAGGACAGGCAGAGGAGGGGAAGAGCCUGGGGGAGAGGCGCUGAAGCAAAGCCGGCUUGUGAACUGGAAUCGCCAGGUCAUACUGAGCUUGGCUCAGAACAUUGAGAUCGCAGUAGUUUCCCAUCCAACAAAGGAAAAGACACCAUGAAGACCUCAGAUAUUUUCCUUCUGCCUGCUGUGCUCCUCAUGUUCUUCUUCCACUGCUGUCUUGCACAGAGUGAAACUGACCUAGUAGUAGCAACAAGGUUGGGCCGUGUGCAGGGUGUUCGCUUGCCUGUUCCAGACCGAAGUCAUGUGACCGCUUUCUUGGGUAUCCCAUACGCUGAACCUCCUAUUGGGAAGAGACGUUUCAAGAAAGCAGAGCCCAAAAAACCUUGGAAUGGCAUCUUUGAGGCUAGAGACUACCCAAAUGCCUGCUAUCAGUUUGUAGACACCUCUUACCCAGGUUUUCCAGGUAUCGAGAUGUGGAACCCCAACAGAAUGAUGAAUGAGGACUGCCUUUACCUUAAUGUUUGGGUACCUCCUACCCCUAGGCCCCAGAACCUCACGGUAAUGGUCUGGAUAUAUGGUGGUGGCUUCUAUAGUGGCUCUUCCUCUCUUGAUGUCUAUGAUGGCCGGUUCUUGGCUUACACCGAAAAGGUAGUGGUUGUGUCUAUGAACUAUCGUGUUGGAGCUUUUGGAUUCCUCGCCCUCAAUGGCUCAUCCGAAGCACCAGGCAACGUAGGUCUCCUUGAUCAGAGAUUGGCCCUCCAAUGGGUCCAAGAAAACAUCCACUUCUUCGGCGGUAACCCAAAACAGGUCACCAUUUUUGGAGAAAGUGCUGGGGGAGCAUCAGUUGGGAUGCACGUUCUGUCACCAGAUAGCCGCCCUUUCUUCACUCGUGCCAUAAUGCAGAGUGGUGUUCCUAAUACCCCCUGGGCUACUGUUAGCUUUGAUGAGGCCCGUCGGAGGGCCACCUUGUUGGGCAAACUUGUUGGCUGCAGCGAGGGUAAUGAUACAGAGCUGGUUGAUUGCCUGAGGAACAAGCAUCCACAGGAACUAAUUGAUCAGGAGUGGCAGGUUCUCCCCUAUAGCAGCCUGUUUCGCUUUUCCUUUGUUCCUGUCAUAGAUGGUGUUUUCUUUCCUGACACCCCAGAAGCCAUGAUUAACUCUGGUAACUUCAAAUACACUCAGAUAAUGUUGGGUGUGAAUCAGGACGAGGGAUCUUACUUCUUGCUGUAUGGUGCGCCGGGAUUCAGUAAAGACAAUGAGAGUUUGAUAUCUCGAGAAGACUUCCUUGAAGGUGUGAAGAUGGGUGUUCCUCAUGCUAACGAGAUUGGCUUGGAGGCAGUUAUCCUUCAGUACACUGACUGGAUGGAUGAGAACAACCCCCAGAAGAACCGAGAUGCAAUGGACGAUAUUGUAGGAGAUCAAAAUGUCAUCUGUCCUCUGCAGCACUUUGCAAGGUCAUACGCUCAGCACACUAGCCUCCAUUCCCAGCCAGGAGCUGCAGCUCCUGGAACACUAGGCUGGACAAACUCAGGACCAACAAACUACAACAGUGGCAACUCACAUGGUGCUGUGUACCUUUACCUGUUUGAUCAUCGAGCCUCAAACUUGGCCUGGCCUGAGUGGAUGGGAGUAAUCCAUGGUUAUGAGAUUGAGUUUGUAUUUGGCCUGCCAUUAGAUAAAAGACUCAAUUACACUGCAGAAGAAGAGAAACUCAGCCGGCGAAUGAUGAGAUACUGGGCCAAUUUUGCCCGUACCGGUAAUCCCAACAUUAACACAGAUGGCACCAUGGACAGUCGAAGACGCUGGCCUCAAUAUACAGCUACUGACCAAAAGCAUGUGGGAUUAAACACAGAGCCACUUAAGGUGCACAAGGGUCUAAGAACACAGGUUUGUGCUCUGUGGAACCGCUUCCUGCCUCGCCUGCUUAACAUUACAGACAACAUUGAUGAUGUUGAGAGGCAGUGGAAAGUGGAGUUCCAUCGCUGGAGCUCCUACAUGAUGCACUGGAAGAGCCAGUUCGACCAUUACAGCAAGCAGGAGCGCUGCACAGAUUUCUAGAUAAAUCUGACGUAAUUAUAUGAAAGCAUUGAACAAAGAAAGAGAAAACUGAUGACCAUAACCCUUAAUAGUCUCUUUUUCAGAACAGCAAAGGUUGCCAAAGCUUUUUCUUUGAUUGCUGUCUCAAGGCAGGCAUGAGAAUGAAUUUGUGAAUGUUGCACUUUUGUUCCUCCCUGUGUCAGAUAUUAUUUUCUUAUCAACCAAUUAUGCUAUAUGAUAAAAAUAUAUAAGUGGUAUCUUCCAAUAUAUAAGUAGAGGAGGUGAGUUAAAGCUGCUAUUAGAGAUUAUCAAGUGCUACGGUCAUCAAAUGUAUGUACCAGAAAAAAAAGUUAUAGAUAUAUUACCUCUAAACAGUUGAGCGUGCAUGUCUGUUCCACUGGAACCUAGAAACCCUCAUUUACACUGGUCCUCAGGAUCCCACUUUUUUUAUUCUUUUUUUGUUUGUUUCGUUUAUAUCCUGUUUUCUUAUAGGCUUAAAUUUAUAAAGGCUGCUUUACAGUACAUGUAUCCUCACUCUGUAUCUACCGCAGCUACUCAAUAUUUCAUGUGCUAGUUUAUCCCAGUUAUCGUGUGAACUUGUCUGCUGUCUUUGCUUUGUGACUGUGGUCCAACUCAAUAUACUAAUACAUCAUGCAGGAAUCAGGAGCCAUUUAAUUUCAUGUAUGUUGUCUAACUGUUCUGGAUUGUUUGUGUGUGGGCAAAUCUAUGUGUGUGUGUGUGUGUGUGUGUGUGUGUGUGUGUCAGUGUACUAAUAUGAAAACAAUUUUUUUAAUUUGAUUGCUACUUACAUUGCAUGCAUUCUAGUGCCCACAGCAUGACUCUUCUUGUGUGUAUGUAUGAGAGAGAAAGUCUGUGCUUACCAUAUACCAACUACUUGGGUCAAUAUAUGCAUUUAUAUGUGGAAUAUCGCUUGUGAAUUCACCUCUUCUUAGAUCAAAUUGAAUAUGGGCAUUGUACAUUUGAGUGUUUAGAAAGUGAGCUUGGUGAGCAAGACUAAUGUUGUCUGUGUGCCAACGGGUCAGUAUCAUUUUUUCCCCUUGCUGUCUCCCUCUCUCGAUGGGAAAGGCUUCUCAUUAGGAUAAUGGAGGGAGAGUAAUUUACUUAGUGCUCAUUUGAAAUGACUGCCUGCUGUGUCAGCCAUCUUAACUCCAGCCCUACCUUCACCCUUUUGAUGCAGUGGGAGGAUGAUGAAGGAAAACACAGGCAAGGGGAAGCUGUGAGGACAAACAAUAAUACAGGGUUUUAAAAGCCACCUCCUAUUAUGUUCUAUAUUUAUUGUAAUAUUUGUUGUAUUUUUUUUUAUUAUUAAAUUAUUUGCAUGAUUGCAUCAAGUAUCAAAAGAACUUGUGGAGUGUUUUUAGUUAGCUUUAAAAAAAAAAAAAAAAUAUUUUAUUUUUGUGUAUUUAUUCAUUAUGCGUGUGGAAUUGCAUACAUAUAUAUAUUUGCAUUUUGCCUGUGAAUCUGGAUCAAACAUUAUUUUGUAUUUUACUAUCAAUCAUUCUCUCAUAUACACUGUCACUGUCCCGAAUUUGUGAAUGCUACUCUAUGCCUGUCUCAUUAACUUCCUGUCAGCCUGUUUUACUAAAUCUAGUGUACUUGUCUAGUACCAUUCAUAUAACAUUCUGUUAACACUGUGGAAGGGAUUUGACUCAGUGCUGUUAAGACAGAAGGUCUUCCAGCACAAAACAAUUGGUCUGCGCUAAGCAUUUAACCUCUGAAUAUGACUGGAAACAAUAUAGAUUAGCUUUAAACAAUGUCAUAAUAUAUUGUACUGGCUAGACAAGUGGGUACAGUAUGAUAAUGCGUGUUUGUCUAUGGGUCUGAAUGACAGCUGCUUUUCCUUCCACUCCAUGAGAUGCCCUUGUGCAUGCCCUUAACACCCCCUCCUCUGCAUUAUGUGCUUUAAAAUCGACUGUUACCCUCUCUGACAAUAUUAGUGCUGAUGUCUGUUAUUAAUAAACAUUUAUGGCUAUAAAAACAUUAGAAUAGCCCCAGUAUAGAUUUUAAUGUUAGCAAUAACAAGAUACACUGACAAUGUAAUAUUUAUUUGAAUGCAUUGAUGCUCAUGUAAUGUCACUGACUUGAUUGAUCAAAACAGUGGUCAUGAAUUGACAGCAAUGAUCAUAGGUAUUGUAACUGUCUAUAAAUCAUUUCUUCCAAGCAAUAUAGAGUGCCAUACGCUAUUUAAUAUAUUUGUUUUCUUCGUUUUUUCAUUUUGCUGUUCAUCAACUUUAGCAUAGGCUUUAUAGGUUUCUUAAUUUUUGACAUUUAGGCAAGUAAAUUAGUUGCCAUUGGGGAUAACUUAAGUUUAUCACAAAGAUAAAAUGUUAUAAAUCUAUAAAUAUUAUAUUGUAAAGCCACAUUAUUCUACCCCAAAUGUAUGUAGAACAUUGCACAUGGCUAAACAAGCAUAUUAUGUUCUGCAUUUGUUGCACUUUGACAACAUACUUAUAAUAAUAGCAAUCACUGUUAUUGUUGUUCUUGUUGUUCUUUUAUUAAUUAUUAUUAAUUUGGUCUAGAUAUUGCCCGCUGUGUCAAAUUAGUGCCAAACAUGUAAAGUGACAGCAUCGUGCAAAUCCUCCGCAUGGUGUUAUUUGUCAUAUCCGCCCUCUCUGGGCACCAUAUCAGAAGCUUUCCAACGCAACCUCAAUAAACAGUUAUUGACUUAAAGGAAA